CAACCAACUACCCCUCCAUCCAUGCUUCACCACUCUGGCUUUGGCAGCAGAAAGGUGCGCUUCAAGUCUGAACACCAGGAUGAUGCAUCUCUACCGAGUCUGAGACAUCUGGCAAAGCCCACUGUCUGAAGCGAACGACCUCCACACGCCCCUCCGCCAGUGUCACGCGAACAAACUGUCCAGCAUGCCGGCGAUCACAUCUAGACGGCGAUCGCGCGCCGUCUUCGAGGACGAAGAAGACAACACCGCAUCAGCUGCCGAAGACUCUCGCAGGAAGCGUCCGAAUGGUUACCGGAACCACACUCGAUUAACAGCCGAAAGCGAUGAGGAGUCAUCUCGAAACUCGAUCCUACCAAGCCCAAGCCCGGUCCCCAGCGCGAGCCAACCGUUUUCCAAUGGCGUACCCAGCGGGGACGGAGAAUAUGCCCCAGGCGCCAUCGUCAGGGUGCUUGUGGAAAACUUUGUUACAUAUGAGCGAGCCGAAUUCUUUCCGGGACCCAAUCUCAACAUGGUCAUUGGCCCCAACGGCACGGGCAAGAGCUCUCUCGUCUGUGCUAUUUGCCUGGGACUUGGCUAUGGCCCCAAGCAUCUCGGUCGCGCCAGUCAAAUCGGCGAGUUCGUCAAGCUGGGACGAGAUGUUGCCACGAUCGAGAUCGAGCUACAGAAGAGGCCCAAUGACCUCUCAAACCACGUCAUUCGCGUUGAUAUCAAAAGGGAAGAUAACCACCGCAAGUGGUGGCUGAAUGGCAAAGAUUCAACCUUGGGGGCUGUGCAGAAGCUCACAUCGAAGCUGCACAUCCAAGUCGAUAACUUGUGCCAAUUCUUGCCACAGGACAAAGUCGCAGAGUUUGCUGGACUUACCCCGGUGCAGCUCUUGCACCAGACACUCCGUGCUGCAGCUCCCGAGGAGAUGCUUCAAUGGCAGGCACAGCUUUAUGAACUACAUAAGGACCACAGGAAGGUCAAAGAACAGGCUAGUACUGUAUUGGAGACACUUGCAAACCUCCAGAGCCGCCAAGAAGGCUUGCAGGCCGAUGUCGACAGGUAUCGCGAGAGAGAUGCGGUGCAGCAGAGAAUCGAGGACCUUCGAAAAGCAAGACUGGUGAGCACAUACACUGUCGCUCGCCAGCUCUUCCGGGACGCGAAACGAAGAAGGCAAGAAGCCAGCGCAAACUAUGAAAAGCUCCAACAGUCGUGUGGCCCGUCUCUGACGGCUAUAGAAGACAAGCGAGCCUAUGCAGACGCGAUCCAGGAGGUCAUACACGAUAGAGAAACGGCCCUGGCGCAUGCGGAAAAGACCGGCGAGCAACUCCUGGCUGCUGUGGACCGGAAACAAGGUGACAUCAAAGACGUCGUUGGCCGCCUGAACGGAGAAACAGAAACCUUCCAGGCGAGGAAGGGCGACAUUGCCAAGAUUCGAAAGGCCUUGACGGAUACGGAAGCAAAGCUUAAGAAGAAGCCUUUGCCAUUUGAUGCCCAUGAGUGGAAUGCCAAGAUACGUGAACAAGAGCAGGUCUUGCGCCAGAACGAAGCCGAGAAACGAGACGUGAGAAGUCAGCUUGAAGACAUCAAGAAUCUCGCUCGGCGCAACAAGGAAGAGAGAGACCAGUUGUUGAAGCAAAAGAGUCAGCUUGACUCGCAGCAAGGCCAGCAACUGCUUCGCUUGCGACAGAUGAACAGUGACGCCCACAAAGGUUGGCUGUGGCUACAGGAGAACCAAGACAAGUUUGAGAAAGAAGUCUUUGGUCCACCGAUGCUCACAGCCUCUGUGAAGGACGACCGUUACUCAGAUCUAAUCCAGUCCCUCCUUGGCAAGGACGACUUCUUUUGCUUUGUGGCACAAACCCGGAACGACCACAAGACCCUCAGCGAGUACAUCUUCAAACAAUUGAAGCUCAAUGUCACGAUCAGGACAUGUGGGAACAGCUUUGCAUCGUACAAAGCGCCCCUCUCCAGCAGCGAGCUUGAAGCGCUGGGACUGGACGGCGGCUUCGCUAUAGAUUAUCUGGAUGCUCCUGAGCCCGUGCUCGCAAUGUUUUGCGCAGAGAAGAAGCUUCACACCUCUCUGCUGAGCCUACACGAGAUCAACGAUGCACAGUACAAUCAAAUAACACAACACGAGCAGAUCGCUGCCUGGGCGACUGGGAUGACAAUGCACCGCAUAUCCAGGCGUCGGGAGUACGGACCAGGCGCGACGUCCACAACUACGCGGCAGAUUAACAAGGGCCAGUACUGGACGGAUCAGCCUGUGGACAACUCGGAGACAGUGAGACUUGAGACGAGGCUCAAAGAGCUCGAAGAGGAUUUCAACAAGCUCAAAGCUGAGAACAACACGAAAAAAGAGCAGCUCGAUGAGAUGGCUAGCGACGCCAAGUCUGUUCAAGAGCGGAUAGACGACCUGCGAGCUCAGAAGAGUGAACUUCAGCAAGCACAUACCUUAUACGAGGCACUCCCGCACAGAUUAGCUGCGGACAAGAAGAAACUCGAGGAUGCUCAGGAGCUGCUAGCUGCGUGCCGCGAGCGUGUGUUUGAUCUGCGGUUGCAAAAGGACCAAAUCACUAUCGACAAGGCGAGACUAGUCCUCAAGCAUCACGAACACCUCGCACAGAUCAAGCAAGCACAGCAGGCGCUGCUCGAAGCCCGGAUACGCCUGGUUGAAGCUCAAUCAGAUGCCCGUGGGCUCGAAGCCAAAAACUCGGAGAUCAACAAGCUUCUCGAGGAGGAAGAGGCCAAGAUAAAACAGCUAGAUCUCGAGGCUGACAGAAAUAAGCUCGACGCACAAGAGGCUCUAGCAACUGUCCGAGCCGCGCUUGCCGAAGAGGAAGACAGCUCCGCUGUCAUGGCUAGGCUCAACGCCAUGGCGGAAGGCAGGAGUCCUGAGGACCUGGGCAUGGAGAUUGGCGCUGAGGAGGCCAAGCUAGAGCUUAUGCAAGGACUUGAUCCAGGUGUUGUUCGUCAGUUUGAGAAGCGGGCCAAGGAGAUUGAGGAAUUGACAAGACGGAAAGACGCGCAGACGGGCAAGCUCGACUCGCUCACAUCACAGAUCCAGCAAGUCAGAGCAAAGUGGGAACCGCGUGUCGAUGAGCUAAUUGGCAAGAUCAACGAUGCAUUCUCAUACAAUUUCGAGCAGAUCAGCUGCGCUGGCGAGGUUGGCAUACACAAAGACGAGGACUUUGAGCAAUGGGCGAUUGAGAUCAAAGUCAAGUUCCGACAAAACGAGACCCUUCAGCAGCUCGACCAGCACCGGCAGUCGGGCGGAGAGCGUGCAGUCUCAACCAUCUUCUACCUCAUGGCGCUGCAGUCCAUGGCUCAGGCACCCUUCCGGGUUGUCGACGAGAUCAACCAAGGAAUGGACCCGCGCAACGAGCGCAUGGUCCACGAGCGCAUGGUAGAGAUUGCCUGCCGAGAACAUACCUCGCAGUACUUUCUCAUCACGCCAAAGCUUCUGACGGGUCUGCGCUACGAUGAACGCAUGCGUGUGCUCUGCAUCGCCAGUGGCGAGCACAUGCCGACGGAAGGACGCAAGAUGGAUUUUGGCAAGCUGGUGCGGAUCCAGAAGAGUAUUGCUGCAGCGGGAUGAGCAGCGCCAAGCUGGCAAAGCAUUGACGGUGCAUGCGCCGAUCCCAUAUACCAAGGCUAAGGGCGAUUUGAUAGCCAAGACCAUUCAAAACAAGAGCGGGCACCUCUUGAAAUAUGACGCCAGCCACCGGACUCUAGUUGGUUCUCAAAACCUGGCCGUGGCCAAGCCGAUCCGAUCGUGGGGACCCGGCGCAGAAAAUUACAGGCUUUGCAACGUUAGUCUGGACCACGAGAUC